AUGGACGUCGCCCGCGCACGCUCGCCCCCAGCCUCGCUUACCCGCCGCCCCAUAGGCCCUCGCAGUCCCGGUAGAGCUGGCACCGCACCGCCCAGGAACAUCAUCCCUCUCGACCUCAGCGCCCGCUUGCAGGAGGAUGCAGCGCCAGUGUACGCUUCCCCAGAACCGCUAGUCUCUUCCAGCCCGCGUGCGGACUCACCUAUGUUCAAGAGGCCGCCCUCAGAGCAGGAGCACACGCUCUCUGAGGCCAGCGCCCGCGGCGAGCCCGAGGGCGAUACGAAAGAGUCUCCGCGCGCACAGAGCCCUCCCCUAUCGCCUGAUGAACCGGGCGUAUCUCUCAGCACACUCGAAGAUGCAAGCGAGCCUCCCGCUCCCGAGAGCGACGCACUCCCCAGCGUACUCGAGGAUGCAAGCGGCGAGUCUCCCAGCGUGCUCCCGGACGCGGGCCCGCCAGAAGCCACAGCCGCAGUCACGAUACCUCCGCCCGUGCCGGAGCCUUCGCCGUCCCCGCCCCGCUCGGAUGGGAGCCGGCCCCCAUCCCUCCAGGUGAGCGCGCAUCGCAGGAGCCUGUCAGAGAAGAGCGUGCAGGCGAGCCUCGCCGCUAUCCCCCUCCCCGCGCCCACCGAGGCCUCAUCCACGCCCGCGUCGACGCGAGCGUCCACCCCGGCGCUCACCCGCAUGAUGAUCAAGCGCCCGCCCCUCCCACCGCCGCCUGCUCUGAACUUCGAGGCUGAGCCGAUCCAGUGGAAAGCGAUGACUCUCGAGGCGGCGCAGUGGACAUUAACCUCAGAACAGCUUCAGGAAACUGUCUCGCGGGCGAUCAGGCAUUCCGCGUCAGAGUCAUUCAUCCGUGUAGUGCCCACGCACACAUUUGACGUCGAACUGCCGCAAGAAUUGGAGCGGCUGGAAUCUUUGAGGAUGACAACCCAGGCGCAGUACAGGUUUAGUAUGCACCGGCGCACGAUGCUGCUCCAGUCGUUAGCUGCCUUGUCGCAGUCACAAUAUCCAGACAACGGCGAUGGUGAAGCGCUCUACAACCUGACAACGCAGCUCGCGGAGCUCACCGUCUCGUGUGACCGACUUAUGGAAGCCCUCGUGCGUAUCUCCGACCAACGCGCGCAGAUCCAGCAAGUACAGAACUUGCACAUUGCUUCCGCGCUCUCCAUGGCGCUGCGAAAGCUGAACACUUCGUACGCGAAACGCACAGCGGAUUUGGCGGAGGCGCGUGCACAGAACGAGGCGCUCAACGCCGAGCUCGAAGAGGCGUGGAGCAUGGCUCAGGACAUGGCGCAGGAGAUGGACGAUCUCGAUAAUUUCGACCUCGAGUUCAGCGACGAGGACGAGGACGCGGAUGCGCUAGAGGCGGAGAUCUACAACGACAUGGACCGCAUGUCGACGGUGGCAAGCGUGCGCAACGCGGAGGUGCUCGAGAUCACCGGCAAGGCGGUCGCAACGAAGGCGAUGCUCACCACGCUGCCCACCGGCGAGAAGCAGGGCGACCGCACGAGUCGCGUGUUCGCAGCGAAGAAGCGGAGUAGCAGGGCAUCGAAGGCGAGCUUGCGCAUUCCGAAGACGCCAACGAGCGAACGGAGCGAACGUCCUGACCGCACAUCCAUCCAUUCCAUCCGCCGGAGACAGAGCCGCAGCAAGAGCAUACGGCGGCGUCCUGAACGCAACGAGGCUGUGUCCCCCACGGGCGAAGAUGUCCCACAGAUGCCUGUCAUCCGCGCGCCUGGCGCAAUGCCUAGAAAGCAGGGCUCGUUUUUGGAGCUGUCCGAGACGAGGCCGGUUUCCCCCGCAAUCAGUGCGGUGUCAGAGCCGCCGCCGCCACCACCACCGGAGAAGAUGCAAGGCCAAAUGAGCUCAUCACCAUCGGAGGAUAUACCCCCACCCGCACCUGUCGUCCCCAACCCGCCCCCAUCACCCACGUUCGACAGCAUGAGCAUCCCUACUAUCUCAUUAUCUGAAGAGCCGAAGGCACCGUCCUCAUCAUGGCGCGCGCGCAACCUCUUCUCGCGCCGUGUACAGUCGAUGCAUCCGACACGUGCAGCGGACGACACAGCGACGGCCCCGCUCAAACGCUCGAUCUCGGAGGUCAAGCAAUUUGACGGGUGGCCAUUCGGAUCGCACAAGACACAGCGUUUCUCCGUGCCUGUUUUGUCCGUCAUCCAGCCCCUCCGGAGCCGGUCCUCGACCGACAGCGCGCCCGCCGCGACCUCAUCGCGACACUCGUCCACCUCAACGAGGUGA